GCCGCUGCAGUCCACCUGGUAGACUGUUCUGGGACUUCUAGCUACUUCCGAGACCGCUGCCGGGUGGCCGCAGUCGCCAAGUCCGGAGGUCCCGGUGUCACACAUAGGCUCUGCGACAUGUCGAUGCUGGCUGAGCGUCGGCGGAAGCAGAGGUGGACUGUGGAUCCAAGAAACACUGCGUGGAGUAAUGACGAUUCCAAGUUUGGCCAGAGGAUGCUAGAGAAGAUGGGGUGGUCUAAAGGAAAGGGUUUAGGGGCCCAGGAGCAAGGAGCCACAGAUCACAUUAGAGUUCAAGUUAAAAAUAACCACCUGGGCCUUGGAGCGACAGUAAAUAAUGAAGACAACUGGAUUGCACAUCAGGAUGGCUUUAACCAGCUCCUGGCUGAACUGAACACGUGCCAUGCGCAGGAAACAGCAGACUCCUUAGACAACAAGGAAAAGAAAUCUUUUAGCCUUGAGGAAAAGUCCAAAAUCUCCAAAAACCGCGUUCAUUAUAAGAAAUUCACAAAAGGGAAGGAUCUUUCAUCUCGAAGCAAAACAGAUCUUGACUGCGUUUUUGGGAAAAGACAGAGUAAGAAGACUCCCGAGGAUGAUUCCAGCCCGUCCACUCCGGAUGAGAAUGAGACCACCACGACGACAACCAGUGCCUUCACCAUCCAGGAGUAUUUUGCCAGGCGCAUGGCAGAGCUGAAGAGCAAGCCCCAGGUCACAGCUCCCCGGCCUGAUGGUUCAGAUACUCAAGCGGAAUUGAAAAGGAGAAAGAAAAGAAACAAAGAGGCAACAGGUAAAAAUGGGGAGAGUUACCCCCAACCCAAGGCCAAGCAGCCUGAAGAGGAGACGUGCGAGGAAGAAGGAAGCCUUGAGCGCCCGGCCAAGAAGAAGAGAGCCCCGGUGUCGCAACAGCCCCGACGCGCCCUGCAGGACGAGAGCUCUGAUGCUUCUGCCGAGGCUGCAGAGGAUCACGUGCAGCCGCCCGGUGACCAGGAUGUGAUCCCAACACCCAGAAAAAGGAGAGAAAAGCAAAAGCUGCAAAAGCCAGUAGAGGAGGCAGUGGACAUGGUGCCAGCUGAAACACUGGUGAAGAAGAAGAAGAAGAAGAAGAAAGGUCCCAAAUGAGCCGUCGCCAGCCAGGGCCUCCGACCACGCCGCGUUGGGCGCUGCCGGCAGACGCCAUUGGCCUGGAGUCAGGGUUAACCCAGGGAGUCUGGGCGUCUUCUGACACGCCGCCAUUGCCGGUCCCGCCCUCUGCCGCGCUUCCCCAAGUUAUAUUCCCAGGAGAACUUUUUAAUCUUCUAAAUCACGGCUCUCAUAAACAAAUAAAUUUUUUUAUAAACUCGGA